GAUAACGAACGUUAUAUACAAUUAGGGUGUACACUUAUUACAACACUUUUGGCUAAUAUUGAUGGUGUCAAGUAUUUAGAAAGUAAUAAAUUUUUAAGACAAAUUGCGGAAGGAUUAAAUCAAUUAGACCCAAUCAACGGAACUUUUGAAAGUGAACCAUUAUUUUCUAAAGAAAGAAUAAAUAGUACAUUAACUGCGGGUUAUUUUACAAUGAUAGGAGUUCUUAGUAAAUUUAAAGAUGGUGUCAAGGACGGGCAUCCUCGUAUUCUUCUUUCUAAAGUGAUGACUUCUGGGUAUAAGCGAGUUCGUCUUUAUGCCACAAAACACCUUGGUUUGAUUUUACGAACAUCACCCAAGAAAUUUAAUGAAUGGGGAAUUCAAUUACUUAUAACUCAGUUAUAUGAUCCUGCAAUGGAAGUAUGUCAAAUGGCAGUUCAAGUUCUAGAAGAAACAUGUAAUCAAAAAGAAAAUAUCGAAUUACUUGUUAAAUUAAGACCUAGUUUAGAUAAUUUGGGGGAAGUGGGUAAUCCAUUAUUACUAAGAUUUUUAUCAACUUCAAUUGGAUUCAAAUAUCUUUCUGAAUCUAAUUAUGUUGAAAAAGAAAUGGAUGAUUGGUUUCAGAGUCGUAAUCAAUAUUACGUGACUCAAUUAGAAGUUUCCUUGGCAAAUGCAUUGAAACUUGAUGGAGAAGAAAAUCGUGCUGCGGAUGAUGAUGACAAGGACGUCAAAAUGCAUAACUUUGAUGGAAUGACUCCCGCCCAUUUUUAUGGGGAAUUGACAAAAACCGAAGAAGGAUGUCAAUUACUUCGAGAAAAAGGUCAUUUUCGAGAAUUUGCGAAUUUCAUAAGAGAACAUGGAAUGGAAAAGAGUGAUACCCUUAUUAUAUAUAAAUUAAAAUCUAUUCUUUGGGCUGUUGGUAACAUUGGUGCAUCGAAAAGUGGAUUACAAUUUUUAGAAGAAGAAAAUAUUAUAAAAGAUAUUGUAUACAUAGCAGAAAAUUCGGCUGUCUUAUCAUUAAAAGGAACUUGCUUUCAUGUUUUGGGCUUAAUUUCCAAAACUGCAUCUGGUGCUAAAGUAAUGGAAGAUUUGGGUUGGGAAUCUGUUUAUGAUUCAUAUACCGAAAUUGGAUCUGGUUUAUGCUAUCCUAUUAAUUCCCAAGCAUUUCUUUCA